GGCGGCGACUUCCGGUCAUAGAGCCGAGGGAGCCGACCGGCCAUGGCGCGGAAGAAGGCGCGGCUGCGGCUGAUCGCCGAGUUCGCCCGCCGCGUGCGCGCCCUGCGGGAGCAGCGGGAGCGACCGCGCGACUCGCAGCUCUACGCUCUGGACUACGAGACGCUGACGCGGCCGUACUCGGGCCACCGGCUGCCCGUGCGCGCCUGGGCCGACGCGCGCCGUGAAAGCCGCCUUCUGCAGCUGCUCAGCCGCCUCCCACUUUUCGGUCUGGGCCGCCUGGUCACGCGCAAAUCCUGGUUGUGGCAGCACGACGAGCCGUGCUACUGGCGCCUCACGCGGGUCCGGCCAGACUACACGGCGCAGAACUUGGACCACGGGAAGGCCUGGGGCAUCUUGACCUUCAAAGGGAAGACGGAGAGCGAGGCCCGGGAGAUAGAGCACGUCAUGCACCACGACUGGAGGCUGGUGCCCAAGCACGAGGAGGAGGCCUUCGCCACCUCCUCGCCGGCGCCACAGGACACCCUGCGCUCUGCGCCCUAUCCCCCGCUCCUCCGGGCCAUGAUUCUUGCAGAGCGGCAGAAGAAUGGGGAUACCAGCCCCGAGGAGCCCAUGCUGAGUCUGGAGAGGACACCCAUCCAGCCCUGGGACUACCCGGCCAAACAGGAGAUGAAAGGGAGGGCCAAGGGCACCCCAGUCUAAAGUGCCAGAAUCUGUAGGUUGCCCAGUGGGUGUAAGCUGGGGGUAGCCAUUCUGAUUAAAGAAGAUGUCUUUGGGUCACACCCGAGUCCGCUCCCGCAGAGCUGGGGCUCACCUUCUGGACUUGUUCCGAGGGUCUGCAUCUUGAUUGAGAAGGUUGGGGCACACCCUGUACCUGCGCCUUUCCUCUGGCCCUGCUGCCUCAACACCCAGUCCUGAAUGAGAGGCCACGCAGGAGAGGCUCUGGGGGAAAGCCGAAAGCGGCGGGGAGCGCUGGCUCCUCUUCCCCCAAGACUGUUGUCUCCACCGGGAUCCGGCCAGAAACUGUGGACGGGAAUAAAGAGAAAGGAAGCAG